AUGGAAACCGCCAAUCAAAAUCCGUCGGAGAAGACGAUCGCAGAGUCGUCGCUCGACCCGGGAACACCCAAGGACGAAGCGGCCCCGAGUCAGCCCGUCGAGUGCGACCCGGAGAAAGCCAUCCCGGAAACUAAACGGUAUCCCGAGACAGAUCUCGACCAGGGGAUCGUGGGCUGGGAUGGCCAGGACGACCCUGAGAACCCUCAGAAUUUCCUCUCCAGACAGAAAUGGGGCCUUCUGGCGCUGAUGAGCGGUAUUACCUUUGUUUCGCCUCUGGCGUCGAGUAUGUUCUCGCCGGCCGUGAGCUACGUCGGCAACGAUCUGGGGGUCACGAAUGAGACAGUGCUUUCACUAAGUGUCAGCAUCUUCCUUCUCGGAUAUACAUUCGGACCUCUCCUUCUUGCCCCAUUGAGUGAAAUUUAUGGCCGGCGGAUCGUGCUCAGCUGCGCGAACUGGUUCUUCGUAGUCUGGCAGAUCGGCUGUGCCUUGGCGCCAAACAUCGAAACGCUCAUUGUCUGUCGGUUUUUUGCUGGCUGUGGUGGUGCCGGGUGUCUCACGCUUGGCGCGGGAGUCAUCGCCGACCUGUUUCCAAUUGAGCAGCGAAUGAUGGCAACAGCCGUCUGGAGCUUUGGUCCAUUGAUUGGACCCGUGGCCGGUCCGGUUGCAGGCGGCUUCAUUGGCGAAACAAUCGGCUGGCGGUGGGUGUUCUGGGUCGUCAUGAUCGCGAGUGGUGUGAUGUCGACGGGCAUCGAGAUUCUCAACCGGGAGACUUAUGCGGCAGUCCUCAUUCGCCGUAAGACCGAGCGGGUAGCCAAGGAACUCGGACGGAAUGACCUGCGUAGCGCCUAUGACACCAAUGCCAGUAAGGUUUCAGUUGCCCACUCGCUGAAGGUCGGGUUGAAGCGGCCGCUCCUGCUGUUUUUCAAGUCGCCGAUCGUCCUGCUCCUAUCCGCCUAUAUGGCGGUCGUCUACGGGCUGCUGUAUCUGUUCUUCACGACGAUCCCCAGCGUCUUCAAGAACCAGUAUGGCUUCUCGACCGGCCUCGCCGGGCUCGCGUAUCUAGGCAUCGGCCUCGGCUUCCUGCUGGGUCUGCUCGCGAAUGCGCUCACCAACGACCAACUCGUGGUGAAGCUCACGCAGCGCAACAAUGGCAAAUUCGAGCCGGAGAUGCGACUGCCGGCCAUGAUCUUUUAUGCGUGUUUCUUGCCGAUCAGUUUUUUCUGGUAUGGGUGGACGACGGAUAAGGAUGUGCACUGGAUUGCGCCGAUCAUCGGGAUGAUGCCGUUUGGCUUUGGGAUGAUGGGCAUCUACCUGCCCAUCCAGACAUAUAUCAUCGACAGCUAUCCGGCCUACGCGGCGUCGGCGAAUGCGACGCUCACGACAUCGCGUUCGCUGGUAGGUGCUCUGCUGCCGCUGGCCGGGCCGAGUCUAUUUGAUUCACUUGGGCUGGGCUGGGGGAACUCACUGCUGGGGUUCCUCGCCCUAGCCUUCGUUCCCAUUCCCAUCGUGUUCUCGCGAUACGGCCAGCGAAUUCGCGAGAAGUUCCCGGUGGAUCUGUAG